AUGCGUCCAGCGCCGGAUGCUUCAUUCUAUAACCACUUGACGGCUAAACAAGAGGUGUUGCGACAGUUCUUGAUGGAUUUCCAGUCACGACUGUGGUUUACAUAUCGUAAAGAUCUGGCAAGGAUUGAACCUUCGUUUUAUACAUGUGAUUCAGGAUGGGGAUGUAUGAUGCGCACAGGGCAAAGUCUUCUUGCACAAGCGUUUGUGCAAGUUCUCCUUGGACGCGAAUGGAGGGCACAUCUGUCGCAGACGCAAUAUGGUCAGAGGCGGUAUACAGAAGUCUUGAAUUGGUUUGUGGAUGAUCCUGAUCGGCCUUAUAGCAUUCAUCGGAUCGCGAAAGCUGGUUUGACACUCGAUAAGCGUAUUGGAGAGUGGUUUGGACCUUCGACUGUUGCCCAUGCCUUCAAGCGACUAUCACAACAGCAUGAAGACUGUCCAUUGUCUAUUAUGGUCCCGAUGGAUGGGUUGCUCCAAGUUUCUGGGGUGAACCAGUUGUUGCUGGGAGGUGCUUGGAAGCCGGUUCUAUUGUUGAUCCCGACACGGUUUGGGUUGGAUAAAUUAACAGAGAAAUAUAUCCCUAAUCUGAAGCAACUGUUCCGGAUGCCUCAGUUCAUGGGGAUCGCAGGUGGACGUCCUGGUCGAUCACUCUAUUUUGUUGCUUGCCAAGGAGAUGAGCUUUUCUAUUAUGAUCCACACUUUGUUAAGCCUCGCGCCUUAUCGGAAGAACUAGGCACCUGUCCUGUUCCAAGCUUUCAUUGUUCGGUGGUGCGCUGCGUGGACAUUGUAGAAUUGGAUCCAUCGAUGUUGCUAGGGUUUUUAAUCCAAUCUCCAGAGGAUCUUGAGGAUUUCAUGGUGCGACUCAAGAAAGAUAUGGACCGCUCAUACCCUCUAUUGUCAGUCCAAGACGAUAUGGGCCUACUUGGCUCUAAUGGUGUUAAUGGUCAGAUACGUGAGGAAAGGUACCCUGGCCAACAAACCAAUCACCAUCAUCAUUACAGGCGCUCUGAGCAGAACGAAGAGAAGAAGGAAGAGGAUACGUUUUCUGUCAAGAGUUUAGAUUCAGAGGAGGAAGAAGAAGAGGAAUUCGAAGAUGACUUUGUAGUGGCGGAUGAGGAAGAGGAAGAGCAUACAGGGCUUUUAGUAUGA